AUGAGGAGUUUUUUCAGUAUGUUGGUGAAAGCCAACUACACUUUUCUGAGGGUGAGCUCUCAUCACCACCAACUGUCUAUUAUUUCUUAUAACUAUAGAGAGGCCUUGUCAAACACUAUUCUAUUCUUUGAAGGCCAGAAUUUUGGGAAGCUCCCUGUCAAUCAAUGCAUUGAGUGGAGAAGAUACUUUGGUCUUUCUAAUGGUGCUUUUGCCCAUGUUAACGUAACUGGAGGUUACUAUGAUGCGGGGGACAAUGUGAAGUUUAUAUUUUCAAUGGCCUUCACAACCACAAUGCUAUCUUGGAGUGUUUUGGAGUUUGGUGGAUUCAUGAGCAGUGAUAUCUCCAAUGCAAAGACUGCCAUAUGCUCGGCCACAUAUUAUCAUCUAAGGGCUAUUGCUCACCCAGACACCAUAUAUGUUUAG